UACUUGACUGCAAAUUCCACUUCUGGAAUCGUUUAAAGCCAGACCAGCUGGUAGGUUUUAGGAGGGAAUGCCAGUGGGURAGAGUGAAGUCAGGUGUCAGGUUCCUUUUGGAGAGAUCAGUAAGGACUUGAUGACAUGAAUCUGGAUAUUUCCAGGAUGGCUCGCUCUCUCUAUGAGUGGCUGUGGCACCAUGAGUUCUGGCUGCCCCCAGGAAUCACCUGGGAGGACAUGCAAGAAUCUGAAGACAUUCAUUACCCUCAGCCUCGUGAAGUCCUGCUCAGUAUCCCUUUUGCUUUAAUCUUGGUAUGCAUUCGGUAUGCCUUUGAAAGAGCCAUAGCCCUGCCCCUCAGURCCAAACUGGGGGUGAGAGACAAACAGAGACCAAAAGCUCAGCCCAACCUCGUGCUGGAAACAUUCUACAACACGCACCGCAAGAACCCCGAGAAGGAUGAGCUGCUCAGUUUAGCCAAGCAAUGUGACUUGCCAGUGAGGAAGGUGGAGAAGUGGUUCCGGUGCCGGAGGAACAUGGACCGGCCCAGCCUGUCGAAAAAGUUCAGCGAGGCCUGCUGGAGAUUUACAUUUUACAUCAUUUCUUUCUUCACUGGRCUCGCUGUCCUGUAUGAUAAACCUUGGUUUUGGGACCACAGAGAGUGCUGGACAGGAUAUCCACAACAGCCUCUCCAGCCCUCCCUGUUCUGGUACUACAUGCUGGAGCUCUCYUUCUACUGGUCACUGGUCUUCACCUUGCCCUUUGACGUGAAGAGGAAGGAUUUCAAGGAGCAGAUAGUCCAUCAUGCUGCAACCAUCUUCCUGAUCAGUUUUUCAUACUGUGGCAACUACAUCCGCAUUGGGACGCUGGUGAUGCUGAUUCACGAUGCCUCUGAUUGCUUCCUGGAGCCAACUAAGAUAUUCAAUUACAUGAAGUGGAAAAAAACUUGUGACAGCCUCUUCAUGAUCUUCUCAGCUGUUUUCCUGAUCAGCCGCCUGGUCAUCUACCCCUACACAGUGCUUUAUAACACCUACUAUUACUCCAUGGAGAUAUUCCAGCCCUUCUUUGGAUACUACUUUGUGAAUACUCUCCUGAUAAUUCUGCAGUUGCUCCAUAUCUUCUGGUCCUGCCUAAUUAUUCACAUGGUCUACAAAUUCAUCCUCCAGGGCACGAUGGAAAAGGACAUGAGAAGUGACACCGAGGAAAGUGACAAGGAUGAAGACAGAGAUAAGAUGAGAGAAAAGGAGAAGAACGGGAUCACGCGUUUCAGCAGCGUCACAAGCAAUGGUUACAUCCAGAGGAAUGGGGCUGAGCCCCUGAACAACAGAGCUCACCUCACCAAUGGCCACGCCAAGGAGAGAUAACAGCUGCCAUGUGCUGCUGCUCUGGCCUCCAGCAAACCCAGGCCACCRUCUGGACAAACACUUUUACUCACUGUGUAGAUAAAAUGGAGUGCAAUUGCAGUAUUGUAGCUAAUUCCUGCUUCCCAUAAAAGGAAGUGUUUAUAGUCAGUGAUAUUUGAAGGAAGUUUUUUGUCUUCCUUCAGUAAAAGCUUACUAUAGGUUGUAGCCUCAAAAAAUAGAUAGCAAGGGAUCAAAGUGGUUUGACUUUUAUUAGACUGUGCCAUAAUUGUUGCCAAAUGUGUUAAUCUUGAAAAAUAUUUUAAAAAURCAAAGGUGGAUAAACUCUGGCAGUGUCAAGUUUUACCCACCUAAUGUUUGUUAGGAAUCUGUUUAUCCUGGAUCAGCCUCUGGAGGCCCUGGCCUAUUGCCAGUAAUUAUGAUGGCUGACAAGUGACAAAUCUUAUCACUGGGAUACCUCUUCUGAGAAAACAGGUGCCCUUUACACACUUUAGAAAUUAAAACUGAGCAUAGCRAAGUGAAAGCUUUGGAAAGGCGUAAGAGGAAAUGUGUUCUUCUCAAAGGAAAUUCUCUUUGUUCCAGUGACCAGUUUUGUAAUGGAUGGAUCUCAGUCCCUACUUACUGCCCCUAAAUGGGGAACUCCACAGCCUAGGCUGGAGGAGAACCCAACCAUAAGAGAGUUGGAAGAGCUGGAAAAUCCAGACAGCUGUUUCUCWACUGUCAGGUGAUCCUCUAAACCUGUCUUGGAAGGAAGUAGUCAGGAGGAGGAAGGUGAUAAGGAACUUUAUAGUCUAGGAGACAACACUGAUUAAAGUGCUCAUGUUUUCAUUUAGUGUGACUGGCACAGUGGUAAUGUUUACAGAGUCAGCUUGKGGCAAGAAGGGAAUACAUUUCCACUGCCCUCAGAGGAAAAAGSAUCCAGAGAUGAUCUGCUGAACCUUAUGGAAUAAUGCUUUAGCAGGGCCUUCUAACUCUAGGGCCCUUGCCUAAGUGUGUCAAGAACAGCAAGUAUAAAGCAAUGGUCCAUGAAGUCAUGAUGCAGUGCUGAUUCAAUUUGUUUAGUUGCCAUAUCCUGUAUCAUGUGUAGUCUUAGAUUUUUUGAUUGUGAAAUCUCUUGAACAUUUAAAUUAGUGUUAUGUGAAUUUCUGUUUUAUAAGUCACUUAGUCUAUGAAACCAAAGUAUUAACAAAUUCACUGUAACGAGUGCAGGGAGUURGACUACCAAGGCCAUGCAGACACUUCUCUUUAGGUACCUGUGCUAACUGGGUGGGGAUGGGACAUGGACCAAGGAAAUGCCUUAUUUGAGGAGGUGRUGCACUUGUUUAAGUUUUAAAGCAAGUGACAGCAUAGAAAGACAAGAGGGUUUUCAUCAAUCCAYGCAGGUCACCUGAGGUGUGACUGAGAAGCUUUGAGCUGAGCUUGUGUGUGCUCAUCUUCAGUUUCAGUCAAAAUAUGUUUGGAUAAUKGGAUUUCUAAACUGGAAUUGGAUCAUUUCAGAAGGAAAAAGUAGUUCCAGACUGCAUGAUUCCAGGGCAAUAGCAUGCUGUGGGUGGAGAGCAUCUGCUUCUGCAUUGUCAUUUAAAUCUUUAUUUGCUGAAGGCARUCUUUCUCUGGAACCUUAGCUCAAUUGGUAAGAGCAUGGAGUUAAUAGUGCCAGGGUUGUGGGUUUGAUCCYUGUAUGAGUCAUUCAAUUAAGAGUUGGACUCGAUCUUUGUGGGUUGCUUCACACAUGGAAUAUUCUGUAAUUCUGUAAUAGUGGGAAGCACAUGUUCUGUACGCUGUGAUCUGAGUGCACUGUCUCACCUCUCUGCAGGAGGUGUGCUCAGGAGGGAUGGUUAUAUAUCAUCUUGUACUACUGAAUGUAAAUGUUCUUUAUAAAYUACUUUUAAAGGUU